AUGGCAAGCAAAGCUAUCGAAGGAGCUAGUAGACCUGAUGUUGAUAUUGACGCACUCCCAUAUGUCGACCGUGAGCUUGAUGAUGCAGAGAUGAAAACAACAGUUGAAAGAUUGAUUGAACAAGAGAUGCGUCGUAUGAAGAGAAAGGAGCGUUCAGAUUUACCCUUGGAUAUUGAAUUAUUCGAAAAGGACGACAUAUUAAAGCAAGAGAUUGAACGUAUCAAAAAGAAACAACCACUCAAUGCUUUGGACACCAAGCGAUACGAGCUGCAAGGACCUGAAGAUGAGAACGAUGUAGAGGGAUGGAAAGCAGCAGUGAACAACACAAAAUCACAGCUGGAAUCACAGGCUGGAAGUAUGUUCAACUUGGAAUUGCUUCAAAAAUACGGUGCCAACGCAUGGAGAGUACACAACUAUCAACUGGAGAACGACCUUGCCAACAUCAAAAAGAACACAGAAUACCUUCGCAACCAAAUUUUGGAGAUCAAUAGAGAGCGUAAAAACGAUCAAACCCAAGCAGCAGCCUCACUUAAAUCACUAGAGAACAAGUGGUCUGAUUUGAUUACGCAGAACCUUCAAGUCGACAUUGCUUGUUCAGCACUCGAAAAUGAAGUGGAGGAACUGAGAAGAUACAAGCAAUCGAUGCAACAAAACUAG